AACAGAACGGUAAGUCAGGAAAUUAAAACAGACAGUUAGGAAAAUUUAAUAGGACGUUUCUCUGCGUUAGAAUAUCGCAAGAGAUUUGCAAAGAGUUUUUCAAAUUUGCGAAGGUAAUUAGGAAAAUUCCAAUUGAAUUAGGAACUCAAAAGAGGAACGCUUCAUGUAGUUUAUCUGUAAAAUACAAGACUACUGCAAAUAAUUAACAUCAUUUUCUGACUCUGAUAACAGCAGGUUAAUCACCAUCUCAUUUGCUGCACGAUAGUAGGUAAACCAACCUAGUAGCUGAUAACCUUAGAUCAAGUAACGUAUACUUGAUAUUUUCUAUAGUGUACCGCUUCUUAAGGAGCUUGGCCAGGACGCUUUGUUGAAGAUUGCUGACGUUAUAGAUGAACAGCAUUAUGAUGAAGGAGAAUAUGUUAUCAGGCAGGGAGCGAGAGGAGAGACUUUCUUUAUUAUCAAAAAAGGAACGGUGAGUGCGUUGGAACAGAUUAUGGUUGUCAUGAUGGUCAUGGUGAAGAUGAUGGUAAUGAUACUUAUGAUGAUGGUGAUGUGUUGGUAGUGGUGAUGAUGAUGGUGGUGAUGGUGUUGGUAGUGGUGAUGAUGAUGAUGGUGGUGAUGGUGUUGGUAGUGGUGAUGAUGAUGGUGGUGAUGGUGGUAAUGAAUGAUGAAGAUGGUGGUGGUGAUGAUAGUGGUAAUGAUGGUGGUGAUGAUGAUAAUGAUGGAAAAUGAUGAUGGUGGUGAAUUAAUGGUGGUGAUGAUGGUGAUGAUGGUGGUGGUGAUGAUGAUGGAAAAUGAUGAUAAUGAUGGUGGUGGUGAUGGUGAUGAUGGCGGUAAAUUAAUGGUGGUGAUGGUGAUAAUGAUGGUAAUGAUACUGGUGAGGCAAGUGUAUUCACACCGAUGUCGACGAGACUAAUAAUUUGUCCUUGUAAUUAUCAGAUUGUAGUAACGAAGCGACAGAACGUCCAUGACGAGCCAACUAUGAUUCGAGAAAUGACGACUGGCGAAUACUUCGGAGAGAAAGCAUUGAAAGGGUAUAGUGGGAAAAUCAUCUUGUAGAAAUAUAUUGUGGUCUGAUUGUACUGAAUGAUAUAUUAAUGAUUUGUCUAGGGAUGAUUUCCGAACAGCUAACUGUAUUGCUGGAAAAGGAGGAACUCAUUGUCUCGUACUGGAUAGAGAGUGAGUCAGGACUUUUAUAUAUCAUUGACGGCUACUUUUGUUUACAGACUAUAUUAGGUUUUACAGAAUAGUUUUAUUAGUUCUAAACAGUUAUUCCUAGGGGUGCUGUUUUACUACAGGAAAAACCUUAACUAAUUUUAUUUAUAGUGGAUAGCUGCAUCAGUCUUACAUUGUUCUUUUCAUUAUUUAGGGCUUAUUGUCAGUUUAUUAAUGGUUUGCAAGUUAAAGAUUAUGAAGAUCAACAAGCAACGACGGACGCAACCAAAGCAGAGUAAGUACACAGAGAGAGAUAGAUGUAUGGGUAGAAAUAAGAUAACUGUGUUUCACUUAGUGUGAUAGUGCAGCACACUGUGGAUCAACUUUAAAAUUAAGACAGUUAUCAGAGUGACCAAUCCAGUUCACUGGAUGUAUAAAAAACAAGUAAUCCAAGUUUGACAGGUUAUGGUGUGUUAAUUAUUACGUUUAUAGGUUUUCUGUUUUCGUAUUUAUAUUAAAGAUCAGGCUUUUAGCUGUCAUUUGACACCUUUAUCGAAUCAUUGCGAUAAAAAAUUACAAAAUACGAUCUGAUUUAAAGUGGUCGGUUGAAAAUACCACAUUUAAGAUUUAAAUGUUCUUCCAAUUUUUGAAUAUUUGCCCAAAUGUUUGUUGCCCAUUUGAGAAACGCAUAUAGCUUUGCGAGUUCAGUCUGCAAACUUCCAGUUCUGUAAAAUGUUUUAAUCACUCAAUUUCGAUGCAAAUUUACGAGUAGAAAUUUACCAAAACUUGAUGUUUACACAUGCGUUGCGCCGUCUUGAUUCAAGCGACUAAUUUGAAUCCCAAAUGAGAAUUAUUUCAAUACUCAGGGGCCAUUUGACCACCAUGUGUUGCAACAUUGCCGACAUUUAAAAUGCUUCACUGAACACCAGCUGUAGACUGAAGUAUCACAAGCAGGACUGUAUGUAAAUAAAUGUAUCAGUAAAUAUGAUGUCAUACAAGACGUAAUGUUCAUUUUUUAGAUUAAAAGAACAAGUGAAUGAAUUUGCUCAUAUUCAACUGGAAGAUCUGACAGUUCUCAAGACACUCGGUGUUGGUGGUUUUGGAAGAGUUGAACUGGUAAACCAUGUGAUGAUCUUUAUUUAGUUUAUCGAGUUUCUCAUUCAUUGGUGAGCGGAUUUCCAAAGAGGCUAUUUGCCCAAUUGAUAGCAAAUUCGAGGUACCUGCGAUUUAACGCCUUUAUCCGAGAAGACGCGAAAGUCUGACCAUUUAUUGAUGUGAAUGUAAAGGUAGCUCUUUCUCCUCAGUUAUUUUAAGACCUUGAGUAGAGGUCCGACCAAGGAUUGAACCCGGGUCGACUCCCAGCUUGAAAGGUGGUGGUGACCACGGCACCACAUGUGCUGGUUAGAUUGGCCGUUUUUAUACUAGAGACGCAUUAUGCGUCUGGACGAACUUGGGCAAACAUUUGUUGUUCGUCUGGUUAUGCGUCCUUAGUAUAAAGACGGGCACAAGACGCAUUAUGCGUCUAGACGAACUAUGUUCGAUUCUUCGUCUUAAGAGACGCACAACCGAUGAUAGUUCGUCUAGACGCAUAAUGCGUCUUGUGCCCGUCUUUAUACUGAUGACGCAUAACCAGACGAACAAUAAAUGUUGAUAGUUGUCCCAUUGGCCGUUUUUAUAUUAGAGACGCAUUAUGCGUCUGGACGCAUAAUCCGUCUUCUAUAUUAUUCGUCUAGUAUUAUUCGUCCCGUCUUUAUACUAGACGAAUAAUGUAGAAGGCGGAUUAUGCGUCCAGACGCAUAAUGCGUCUCUAGUAUAAAAACGGCCAUUAUCUGAACUAAUUUAUUGAAACUAAAUGCAGGAACUGAACCCCAGUUAUUCAUGCAAAUUAACCAUUCAGAUAUCUUUGGCAAGAAAGCCACUACACAUCAUUUUGGCUAGAUGCCGUAGCUUACGUUUUCUUGAGAAGAGGUCCGACCAAGGCAUAGAGGACCAAGGAUUGCACCCGGCUCUCCCAGCUUGGAAGGCAAGCGUGGUGAGCACGACACCAUGUGUUUUUAACCUUGCAAGCCAUUGAUAAACUGACAAUAGAGGCGUGGAGUAUCUCUGAGAUCUAGUUUAGUUUGGAUCCUUUCUCCAGGGGUAGAAAAAGUAUUGAAAAAAACUUGCUUCCUAAUUAUAAACGGUGUUAUUUCAGGUGAAGACAUCCAAGGAUAAAAGAACGUUCGCCUUGAAGCAACUGAAGAAACAUCACAUUGUUGAAACAAGACAACAAGAUCACAUUAUGUCCGAGAAAAAGAUUAUGUCCGAAGCUAAUUGUGCUUUUAUAGUUAGGUAAGAGAAAAUGACUUUUUUAUACCGGAUAGCUCUGUCAGUUUUAAACUGUUCUUCCUAGAGGUCCGUGAUGGUCAUCUUGUUUUGAUCCAGUGCUACAACAGCAGAAAACUUGUACUAAACUAACUUUAUUUAUACUGGAUAGCUCUAUCAGUUCUAAACUGUUCUCCCUGGAGAUCCAGGAAGAGUCAUCUCUUAUUGAUCCAGUAUUAGUACAGGAGAAAACCUAAACUGCACUAACUUUAUUUAUACCCGAUAGCUCUGUCAAUUUUAAACUGUUCUCUAUUUUUCCGUUUAUCCAGGUUGUACAAAACAUUUAAAGAUAAUAAAUAUUUAUACAUGCUGUUAGAAACAUGCCUUGGAGGUGAAUUAUGGACCGUUCUUAGAGAUAAGUAAGGAAAUAUUUAUUUUACAUUUUCCUGGGGCAGGUUGUAUGAAAGGUGGAUAAGUCGCUAUCCAGCGGAAAAAUUUUAUCCGGAGUGAAAAGCGCGUAUUACAAAACUUGGAUGGCGUUAUCCAAAGGAUAAAAUGCACUAUCCGUUGGAUAAAUGUACCCGAGAUCCGGAGGUAGUUUAAAUUCGUUAUCUGACGGAUAAACUCGAAGUUUGAAGACGAAACAAUGUGUAUUUCAGAUGAGUGUGAUUGUGAUAGAAAUGGACAAAUACCGUUGAGAAGUCCCUUUCUUGACACUACAUGAACAUGGAAAACGUACUUAUGACUUCUCUUGCCUAGACGUCAAGUAUUCUGGCUUUUUCCCCUUCUUUUCUUCUAUUAUAUAGUUUGAAAACAAGCAGUAAAACUUCCACUAUUAGUUAAAACAAUGGCUUUUCUUCAAAGCCAAACAAAUGGUUAUCUGGCAGAUAACUACCCAUUGGAUAGGAGAUUUAUCCAUUGGAUAGGACUUAUCCACUGAAUAGCUUAUCCACCUUUCACCUUUCAUACAACCGGCCCCUGACGAUUGCCGCUGAAAUAUAGUAGAGAAUUAAAAUGUUAUCAAUUUCGGAUUACCCACUGUUUCGAUUUCUGUUUCCAGAUCUUCAUUCGACGAUAGUACGUGUAGGUUUUAUGUUGCUUGCGUCCUGGAAGCAUUUAAUUAUCUUCACUCCAAAGGAAUUGUGUAUAGGGAUCUUAAGGUAAGCCUUGUAUUCGACAGUAAAGUUAUUUGUGAGAAGAGUGCUUCCAGUUACCAAACACGUCCAUUUAUUCAAGUUUAUAAGAGAUGAUCCUUACUUUACUACCAGAAAGAACAGUUUAUAACUAAUACAGCUACAGUAUCUAGCAUAAAUAAAGUUAGUUUAGGUUGCCGUCUGCACUCUGCAGUAACACUAGAUCAAUAGAUGACCCUUACUUGACCUCUAUAGGGAGAACAGUUUAGAACUGAUAGAGCUGUCCAGUAUAAAUAAAGUUAGUUUAAUUUAGGUUUCCUGCUGUAGUAACACUGGAUCAAUUAGAGAUAACCCUUACUGAACCUCUAUAGGGAGAACAGUUUAGAAUUGGUAACGUUUUCAGCCGCACUUGCUAAUUAACAUUUAUGUUUCUUCCUUUUACAGCCAGAAAAUUUAUUAUUAGACGACAAAGGGUAUUGUAAAUUGGUAAGACCUCACAAUGCUUAAUAUGUAGUUUUGUGUUAAUAUAAAAUUGUAUGUUUCUUCUUCCAGAACUAAAGUGGGAUGUUUACUGAAGGUGUAUAUCUUGUUUUUAUUUCUCGAUUUUCAGGUUGACUUUGGUUUUGCAAAGAAGAUUGGUUUUGGCAGAAAAACGUGGACUUUCUGUGGUACACCGGAAUACGUUGCCCCUGAGAUCAUUUUAAAUAAGGUAAUACACUUGCUGUAGCACUAUCGUACACCAGGUGGUGGUCAAUCUGCAGUUAUCAGAGUGAAAAAAUAUUGCGGGGAUUUGUAGAUGGCAAUUUCGAGUGGAAUUUUUAUACAUUUAUUACACCUAACCAGGAGCAGUUGCGAAAAAU